AUGCUGCUAGCGAUCACAGUGGUAGAAUUACCCAUCGGCCAAUGGCCGGAUCUCAUCAAAAUUCUCCUCAGUUUCAUCAACACAUCUGAUGACACCAAUUUGAAGAUUGCCACCCUGCAGGCUAUUGGUUACAUCUGCAAAAUUAUAAAGCCGGAGGUCUUAGCUUUGAGGUCAAACAAAAUUUUGACGGCUGUUAUUCAUGGCGCUCAUAAGGAGGAGCCAUCCUUGGAAGUCCAGCUGACAUCCCAUUCCGAUACAUGCAGACGCCAAACCAAAGCUUGGUUCGAGGAGCGCUCCUCAUACCCCUCCACCAGAGGAACCUUUGGCACUACCAACACAUUCGCCCGUCCUCACCUCACCUAA